AUGAAUGUGGUGCAUGAUAACGCAAACGGAAACAUUCUGCAACCGAAAUUUGUCGGUGUUCAUGUGAAUAAGCAGAAGAACAGGAGUCCAACUCCAUAUAGCUCGAAGCACUGCGGUAGUCACUUCCAUGUAAUUCCGUUCAACGAGAAUAAUCCGAGUAUGCAGACGCAGGCACUAGAAAAUGCUUCAGAAUCGACGUUUGGGCAACCGCUACCACCGGCGGAUCCACAACAUAUUCAAAACAGACAUUAUGGACAAAACGCGCCUACUAACAGUGAUACGACUCGUUCACGAUCUCGAUCUACAGACGGUACAGAAAAUACUGAAGCUAGUCACAGUAAUCCUGCUCUAAAUGAGCCAUCCGUGCCGAUCUCGCAACCGGUGCAGAACCUCGGUAUGGCGCUUCAACACGCCACUUUGGACACUCAAUCGUUCACAAAUUUUAACAAUCCAGAUCUCUUCUCGUUCCAGCCGAAUUCACUACUUCAGUAUCCAAUGCUGUCAUCGUUCGGACGUAAUCCACAAAUGAAUGCGUUCGAAUCGAAGCCGGACGUUGGCCAGCUGCAGUCGCAGAUGCAGAUGCGCGAGGCGAAGCCGUACAAAUGCACUCAGUGUGUGAAAAGCUUCGCCAACUCGUCCUACCUCUCGCAGCAUAUGCGAAUUCAUCUGGGCAUCAAACCGUUCGGACCGUGUCAGUACUGUGGCAAAAAGUUCACACAACUUUCACAUCUACAACAGCAUAUACGUACACAUACCGGCGAGAAACCGUAUAAAUGCAAAUAUACAGGUUGUGAGAAAGCGUUCUCGCAACUCAGUAAUUUACAAUCGCACUCCAGAUGUCAUCAGACGGACAAACCAUUCAAGUGCAAUAGUUGCUAUAAAUGUUUCUCGGAUGAGCAAAGUUUACUGGAACAUAUACCGAAACAUAAGGAAUCGAAACAUUUGAAGGUGCAUAUCUGUCCGUUCUGUGGGAAAUCGUACACACAGGCCACCUAUCUGCAAAAACAUAUGACAAAACACGCGGAUCGAACGCGAGCGAAUCCACUUGGAGGUUUCCGACCAGAUUUCCCUGUCGAUCAACUUGACCUGAAUUCACCGUGGAAUGGUUUACCGAUGCCGGACAAUUCGCAUACGCAACAAUUCGACAUCAAUCACUUCGCUAAUCAAGCGAUGAUGUCACAAGCGGUGGCGAAUCACGGGAAUCCGUACAACAAUCCAGCACUACAGAACAGCGCCUUCACGCAAUUGCUGAACUUCCAACGGAAUGCCAACGCCGCCGCCACCGCAGCCGCUCCACGGUACAAUUUCGACUAUCCGGCGAACACGAAAUCCAGCGAUCGGCCUGCAGGAUUCAACAUGAUCACGCCGCUUGAGAACAUCCAACGUUACACACAGCAGAGCGGCUCAACAGCUAGCACUCAUCAGCAGUUCUCGUCUAGUAUAAUCAACCAAAUGAAACCGUACUAG